ACCAUUUUAUUGGAGUUAUGUUCCUGUCACAUUCACUCUUGUAAAAAGAGGUUAUGUUGCAAGUCAUAAGGAAAUUAAUCCCUUUUUAUUCCGCCUCGCCCGAAUUGCCUUCUUUGCCAACAAAAAUGAGCGAGGUGAAAAUCGUCCGGAAGCCCCGCUAUGACGGUCGUGUCAAAAAACGCCAAUGGGAAGAAAGAAGAAGUGAUAAAGGUGAAGGUUUGGACUCCCAAAAGUCCAAAAUAGUUAAAAAAGAAACAGAUGUGACUGGGGAAUUAAUAGAAAAGAUCAAGAGAAAAAAAUUUGCGGUAUUGUUGGGUUAUUCAGGGACGAAUUACUAUGGAAUGCAACGAAAUCCCAAUACGCCGACUAUUGAAGAAGAAUUAUUAAAUUCUCUUUACAAAAAUAAGUAUAUUACUGAGGAAAAUUUUACACAAGUGCAGACGAUGCAGUUUCAAAGGGCUGCGAGGACUGAUAAGGGAGUCUCCGCAGCGCGGCAAGUGGUGUCUUUGAAGUUACCAGAAAAUGUGGAAAUUGCAAAAAUUAAUGAACAGUUACCGGAAAUGAUUCGGGUUUUUGGGAUCAGAAGGGUCACAAAAGGGUUCAACAGUAAGGUGCAGUGUGACAGUCGUUCCUACAUCUAUUUACUCCCCACUGUAUCGUUUAUUCCCCAUGACCAAAUAAUGGUACAAAAAGGGUUUAGACUUAAUGAAGCAACAUUAAAUCGAGUUAAUGAUCUUUUACAAAAAUAUGUCGGCACGAAAAAUUUCCACAACUUUACUUCCAAGAAACAAGCUACUGAUCCUAGUGCUAAAAGAUACAUGAGGAAUUUAAUGUGUGAUAAACCUUUUAUUAAGGAUGACGUUGAAUUUGCUUUGAUUAAAAUAAGGGGCCAGAGCUUUAUGUUGCAUCAAAUACGGAAAAUGGUGGGACUGCUGGUUGCUGUGGUUAAGGGGUACACAUCUGAGGAAACCUUGGACUUGGCUUUUGGGAUGGAGAAGGUUAAUAUACCGAAAGCUCCAGGAUUGGGACUGCUUUUGGACUAUGUCCAUUAUGAGAGAUAUAACAACAGAUAUGGCGAAGAUGGGGUUCAUGAAAAAUUGAUUUGGGAUGAUGUUGAAAAAGAAGUAGUGGAAUUUAGAGAAAAAUAUAUUUUUCCCACAAUUAUUAAUACGGAAAUUAAGGAAGAGGCAAUGGUGGAUUGGAUUGUAAGGCGACUGUCGACUCACAAAUAUGAUGAUGUUGAUGCUGAUGACGACAAGAGUGAUAGUGAACAAAUUGUUACUUCAAAUACUACAUAAUUACAUAAACUUUAUUUUUUUAUUUACAUAAUUUUUAUUACUUGUACGAUAUAUUAGUUACAAUAAACGAUUGCAUACUUA